GGAUCACUGCAGGGGACAAGGCAGGAGGGAGUCCGUGUGACAUCGUCCUUGAGAUUGCUGCAGGAUGAGCGUGCCCGACUACAUGCAGUGCGCCGAGGACCACCAGACCCUCCUGGUGCUGGUGCGGCCCGUGGGCGCCGUCUCCGAGGAGAACUUCUUCCGGAUCUACCGGCGCAUCUGCACCGUGAGCCACCCCGGCGUGCGCGACUCGCAGCGCCGCGCGCUCUGCAUCCGCUACCGCCACCACUACCCGCCCGAGAACAACGAGUGGGGCGACUUCCAGACGCACCGCAAGGUCGUGGGCCUCAUCGCCGUCGCCGACUGCUGCUCGGCCAAGGACUGGCCGCAGGCCUUGGAGAAGUUCCACGUGCAGAAGGAGGCCUACGGCGCCACGCUGUACGACUCGCGCCUGCUCGUCUUCGGGCUGCGGGGCGAGCUGGCCGAGCCGCCGCGCCCCGACGUGGCCUUCUACCCCAGCUACGACGACUGCGCCACCGUGGAGAAGCGAGUCGAGGACUUCAUCGAGUCGCUCUUCAUUGUGCUCGAGUCCAAGCGCCUGGACAGAGCCACCGAUAAGUCCGGGGACAAGAUACCCCUGCUCUGUGUCCCGUUUGAGAAGAAGGACUUUGUGGGACUGGACACAGACAGUAGACAUUACAAGAAGCGGUGCCAAGGACGCAUGCGGAAGCACGUGGGGGAUCUGUGCCUCCAGGCGGGGAUGCUGCAGGACUCCUUGGUGCAUUACCACAUGUCUGUGGAGCUGCUUCGCUCUGUGAAUGACUUUCUGUGGCUGGGAGCUGCCCUGGAAGGCUUGUGUUCGGCUUCUGUCAUCUAUCAUUAUCCUGGUGGAACAAGUGGUAAGACUGGAGCUCGAAGGUUCCAGGGUAGCUCACUUCCUGCUGAAGCGGCCAACAGACAUCGACCAGGGGCACAAGAAGUUCUCAUUGAUCCAGGUGCCCUCACCACCAAUGGCAUAAAUCCUGACACCAGUGCUGAAAUUGGACGUGCUAAGAACUGUCUUAGCCCUGAAGACAUAAUUGACAAAUAUAAAGAGGCCAUUUCCUAUUACAGCAAGUAUAAGAAUGCUGGAGUGAUCGAGUUAGAAGCAUGCGUCAAAGCUGUACGUGUCCUCGCAAUUCAGAAGCGGAGCAUGGAAGCUUCAGAAUUUCUUCAGAAUGCAGUUUACAUUAAUCUUCGACAGCUUUCUGAAGAGGAAAAAAUACAGCGCUACAGCAUCCUGUCCGAACUCUAUGAGCUGAUCGGCUUCCACCGUAAGUCGGCCUUUUUCAAGCGCGUGGCUGCCAUGCAGUGCGUGGCCCCCAGCAUUGCAGAGCCCGGGUGGAGGGCCUGCUACAAGCUCCUUCUGGAGACGCUGCCUGGCUACAGUCUGUCUCUGGACCCAAAAGACUUCAACAAAGGCACGCACAGAGGCUGGGCUGCCGUCCAGAUGCGUUUGCUACAUGAGUUGGUCUACGCCUCCCGAAGAAUGGGCAAUCCUGCUCUCUCUGUCAGGCACCUGUCCUUCCUUUUGCAGACCAUGCUGGACUUUUUGUCAGAUCAGGAAAAAAAAGACAUCACUCAAAGCCUAGAGACAUAUACAUCCAAGUGUCCUGGGACCAUGGAGCUCAUCACUCUCCCGGAUGGCCUUACCCUGCCGCCAGUGCCCUUCACCAAGCUUCCCAUCGUUAGGCAUGUGGAGCUGUUGGGUCUUCCUGCCAGCCUCCGGCCACAGAAGAUGAAAAGCUUGCUGGGCCAGAGCAUGUCGACCAAGAGUCCCUUCAUCUAUUCACCAAUUAUCGCGCACAACCGUGGAGAAGAGCGGAACAAGAAAAUAGAUUUCCAGUGGGUUCAAGGAGAUGUGUGUGAGGUUCAACUGAUGGUGUAUAACCCAAUGCCGUUUGAACUCCGAGUGGAAAACAUGGGGCUACUCACCAGUGGAGUGGAGUUCGAGUCUCUUCCUGCAGCACUCUCCCUUCCGGCUGAGUCUGGGCUGUACCCAGUGACACUCGUUGGGGUCCCGCAGACAACUGGCAUGAUCACGGUGCAUGGUUACCACACCACCGUCUUUGGUGUCUUCAGUGACUGUUUGCUGGAUCAUCUCCCAGGAAUAAAAACCAGUGGCUCCACGGUUGAAGUCAUUCCUGCUUUGCCAAGACUACAGAUCAGUACUUCUCUGCCCAGAUCUGCACAUUCAUUGCAACCUUCUUCUGGUGAUGAAAUAUCUACUAAUGUGUCUGUCCAGCUUUACAAUGGAGAAACUCAGCAACUUAUCGUUAAAUUGGAAAAUAUUGGAAUGGAACCCUUGGAGAAACUGGAAAUCACCUCAAAAAUUCUCACCACCAAAGAAAAGUUGUAUGGCGACUUCUUGAGCUGGAAUCUAGAAGAAACUCUCGCCCAGUUCCCUUUGCAGCCUGGGAAGGUGGCCACGUUCACCAUCAACAUCAAAGUGAAGCUGGAUUUCUCCUGCCAGGAGAAUCUCCUUCAGGAUCUCAGUGAUGAUGGAAUCAGUGUGAGCGGCUUUCCCCUGUCCAGCCCUUUUCGACAGGUCAUUCGGCCCCGUGUGGAGAGCAAACCUGUGAACCCGCCUGAGAGCAGCAGAGCUGGUGACUUCAGCCACGUGAAGACCCUGGAGGCCAUCCUGAACUUCAAGUACUCCGGGGGCCCAGGCCACGUUGAAGGGUAUUACAGGAGCCUCUCGUUGGGGCUGCAUGUAGAAGUCGAGCCGUCUGUGUUUUUCACCAGAGUCAGUACUCUCCCAGCAACCAGUACCCGGCAGUGCCACCUGCUCCUGGACGUCUUCAACUCCACAGAGCAUGAGCUGACCAUCAGUGCCAGGAGCAAUGAGGAGCUCAUCCUGCAUGCUGGCGAGUGCCAGCGAAUGGCCAUUCAAGUGGACAAGUUCAACUUUGAGAGUUUCCCGGUACCCCCUGGCGAGAAGAGGCAGUUUGCAAAUGCAGAGCAGCUGGAGGAGGAGCGGCGGGAAGCCCGGGGCCUGGAGAUCAACAGCAAACUGGGCAUUCGCUGGCGGGUCCCGUCUCUGCAGCGCAGCGGUGAGGCGAGCGUGGAAGGACUCCUGAACCAGCUCGUGCUGGAGCACCUGCAGCUGGCUCCUCUGCAGUGGGAUGUGCUGGUGGACGGACAGCUAUGUGACUGCGAGGCGGCAGCGGCCUGCCAGGUGGGCGACCCCGUGCGCCUGGAGGUGCGUCUGACCAACCGGAGCCCGCGCAGUGUAGGGCCCUUUGCCCUCACCGUGGUCCCCUUCCAGGACCACCAGAAUGGCGUGCACAACUACGACCUGCAUGACACCAUCUCCUUCGUGGGCUCCAGCACCUUCUACCUGGAUGCGGUGAAGCCAUUGGGUCAGUCCGCCUGCCUCGGGGCCCUUCUCUUCCUCUAUGCGGGUGACUUCUUCCUCCAUAUCCGGUUCCACGAGGACAGCAGGAGCAAGGAGCUGCCACCCUCCUGGUUCUGCCUGCCCAGCGUGCACGUGCGCGCCCUGGAGGCGCAGGCCUGAGCCCCCGCGGCCCCCUCGCCCCUUCCCACGCUGCUCACAGGCCCCUGCGCAGAAACCGCUGUUCACUCACGCCUGGGGGGUGGCGCCUGCCCAGCCCGGUCCUGGGCGUCCCUGCACCUGCACCUGUGACCUGGGGACCACACAGUGGAGGAUGCUCCGUCCCCUGGCAGUCCCUGUUGGCCACGGGAAGAAGAGCUGAGUGUGAGGAUGGGCACGGCCUGGACAGCCCGUCUCCCUCCUUGGCCCUCGGCAUCCCCUGGGGCUGGUUCUUUUCUCUGAGGUGCACAUGGGUGGCCCAGGCAGAGGAAACGGUGCCGUAGGUGGUGCGGGGUGGAUGAUGCCGAGAGCGCCCCGCCCACGGCUGUCCCUAAGCCCGGGGACCCUUCCAGCUGCACCUCCCCGCUGGGCUCCGCGUGCUGAGGCCUGGGUGUCGUGUCUGUGACGAGUUCUUCAAUAAAGGGCCUGCCUCGCUCCC